AUGAGCCUGCAGAGCGCGCAGUAUCUCCGGCAGGCAGAAGUCCUGAAGGCUGACAUGACAGAUUCUAAGCUGGGUCCAGCUGAGGUCUGGACAUCCAGGCAGGCUCUGCAGGACCUGUAUCAGAAAAUGCUAGUUACUGAUUUGGAAUACGCUUUAGACAAGAAAGUAGAACAGGAUCUCUGGAAUCAUGCCUUUAAGAAUCAGAUCACAACACUACAAGGCCAGGCAAAGAACCGAGCAAACCCGAAUCGGAGUGAAGUUCAGGCAAACCUUUCUCUGUUCCUAGAGGCAGCUAGUGGCUUCUAUACUCAGUUAUUACAAGAACUGUGUACAGUGUUUAACGUAGAUUUACCAUGCCGUGUGAAGUCUUCCCAAUUGGGAAUUAUCAGCCAUAAACAGACGCAUACCAGCGCCAUAGUGAAGCCACAGUCCAGCUCCUGCUCCUAUAUCUGCCAGCACUGCCUCGUGCACCUUGGAGACAUUGCUCGAUACAGAAAUCAGACCAGCCAGGCAGAGUCCUACUAUAGGCAUGCAGCUCAGCUUGUCCCCUCUAAUGGUCAGCCUUACAAUCAGUUGGCUAUCUUAGCUUCUUCCAAGGGAGACCAUCUGACCACAAUUUUCUACUACUGCAGAAGCAUUGCUGUGAAGUUCCCUUUCCCAGCUGCCUCCACGAAUCUACAGAAAGCACUUUCUAAAGCACUGGAAAGCCGGGAUGAGGUGAAAACCAAGUGGGGUGUUUCUGACUUCAUCAAAGCCUUUAUUAAGUUCCACGGCCAUGUGUACCUGAGUAAGAGCUUGGAAAAGUUGAGCCCUCUUCGAGAAAAAUUGGAAGAACAAUUUAAGAGGCUGCUGUUUCAAAAAGCUUUCAACUCUCAGCAGUUAGUUCACGUCACUGUCAUUAACCUGUUUCAACUUCAUCACCUUCGUGACUUUAGCAAUGAAACAGAACAGCAUAGUUACAGCCAAGAUGAGCAGCUGUGUUGGACACAGUUGCUGGCCCUCUUUAUGUCUUUUUUUGGCAUCCUGUGCAAGUGUCCUCUCCAGAACAAGUCUCAGGAGGAAUCCUACAAUGCUUAUCCCCUUCCUGCAGUCAAGGUCUCCAUGGACUGGCUGAGACUCAGACCCAGGGUCUUCCAGGAGGCGGUGGUGGAUGAAAGACAGUACAUUUGGCCCUGGCUGAUUUCUCUUCUAAAUAGUUUCCAUCCCCAUGAAGAGGAUCUUUCAAGUACCAAUGCUACACCACUUCCAGAGGAGUUUGAGUUACAAGGAUUCUUGGCUUUGAGACCUUCUUUCAGGAACUUGGAUUUUUCCAAAGGCCACCAAGGUAUUACAGGAGACAAAGAGGGUCAGCAACGACAAAUACGGCAGCAGCGCUUGAUCUCUAUAGGCAAAUGGAUUGCGGAUAAUCAGCCAAGGCUGAUUCAGUGUGAAAAUGAGGUAGGGAAAUUAUUGUUUAUCACAGAAAUCCCAGAGUUAAUACUGGAAGACCCCAGUGAAGCCAAAGAGAACCUUAUUCUGCAAGAAGCAUCCAUGAUAGAGUUACUGGCUGAGAAUGGGAAUCCAGGACUGAAAUCGGUGCUGUCUACGGGCCGAAACCUAAGCAACAACUGUGACACGGGAGAGAAACCAGUGGUCACCUUCAAAGAGAACAUUAAGCUACGAGAAGUGAACAGAGACCAAGGAAGAAGUUUUCCUCCCAAAGAGGUGAGAAGGGACUAUAGCAAAGGAAUAACUGUAACUAAGAAUGAUGGAAAGAAGGACAACAACAAGAGGAAAACAGAACCCAAGAAAUGCACCUUAGAAAAGUUACAGGAAACAGGAAAGCAGAAUGUGGCAGUGCAGGUAAAAUCCCAGACAGAACUAAGAAAGACUCCAGUGUCUGAAGCCAGGAAAACACCUGUAACUCAAACCCCAAGUCAAGCAAGUAAUUCCCAGUUCAUCCCCAUUCACCACCCUGGAGCCUUCCCACCUCUUCCUAGCCGGCCAGGGUUCCCGCCCCCAUAUGUUAUUCCCCCUCCUGUGGCAUUUCCUAUGGGCUCAAGUUACACCUUCCCAGCUGGUGUUUCUGUCCCAGGAACCUUUCUUCAGCCUACAGCUCACUCUCCAGCAGGAAACCAGGUGCAAGCUGGGAAACAGUCCCACAUUCCUUACAGCCAGCAACGGCCCUCUGGACCAGGGCCAAUGAACCAGGGACCUCAACAACCACAGCCACCUUCCCAGCAACCCCUUACAUCUCUACCAGCUCAGCCAACAGCACAGUCUACAAGCCAGUUGCAGGUUCAAGCUCUAGCUCAGCAACAGCAAUCCCCUACAAAAGCCGUACCAGCUUUGGGGAAAAGCCCUCCUCACCACUCUGGGUUCCAGCAGUAUCAGCAGGCAGAUGCCUCCAAACAGCUGUGGAAUCCUCCUCAGGUUCAAGGCCCAUUAGGGAAAAUCAUGCCUGUGAAACAGCCCUACUACCUUCAGACCCAAGAUCCCAUAAAGCUGUUUGAGCCGUCAUUGCAAUCUCCUGUAAUGCAGCAGCAGCCUCUAGAGAAAAAAAUGAAGCCUUUUCCCAUGGAGCCAUAUAACCACAAUCACUCAGAAGUCAAGGUCCCAGAAUUCUACUGGGACUCUUCCUACAGCGUGGCUGAUAAUAGAGCUGUGAUGGCUCAGCAAGCAAAUAUGGACCGCAGGGGCAAGCGGCCACCAGGAGUCUUCCGUCCAGAGCAGGAUCCUGUGCCCAGGAUGCCAUUUGAGAAAUCCUUAUUGGAGAAGCCCUCUGAGCUUAUGUCACAUUCACCCUCUUUCCUGUCCCUCACCGGAUUCUCUCUCAAUCAGGAAAGAUACCCAAACAACAGUGUGUUCAAUGAGGUAUAUGGGAAAAACCUGGCAACCAGCUCCAAAGCAGAACUCAAUCCCGCAAUGGCCCCCCAGGAAACAUCCCUGUACUCCCUGUUUGAAGGGACUCCAUGGUCCCCAUCACUUCCUGCCAGUUCAGAUCAUUCAACACCAGCCAGCCAGUCUCCUCAUUCCUCUAACCCAAGCAGCCUGCCAAGCUCCCCUCCAACACACAACCAUAAUUCUGUUCCAUUCUCCAAUUUUGGACCUAUUGGGGCUCCAGAUAACAGGGAUAGGAGAGCUGCAGAUCGGUGGAAAACUGAUAAGCCAGCCAUGGGUGGGUUUGGCAUUGAUUAUCUCUCAGCAACAUCAUCCUCUGAGAGCAGCUGGCAGCAGACCAGCACUCCAGGUGGCACCUGGACAGGCCACGGCCCCUCUGUGGAGGAUUCCUCUGCUGUCCUCAUGGAGAGCCUGAAGUCCAUCUGGUCCAGUUCCAUGAUGCACCCUGGCCCGUCCGCUCUGGAGCAGCUGUUGAUGCAGCAGAAACAGAAGCAGCAGCGGGGACAAGGCACCAUGAACCCUCCACACUGA